AAAAAAAUCUAGUAGACCACACGAAAAUAUCUCCGCCGCCGCCGCCGCCGCCCCCGCCACCGGCCGCUUGCGAGAUGCUCCGCCUCCGAGAGCGCAUCGUUUCCCAUCUCCUCUCUUCACCCUCCGCCCCUGCCACAUCCCCACUCCCUCGCCUCCUCUCCGCUGCCGCGGCCGCCAUUUCUCCGAACCCCGCUGGAUUCGUCGUCGAGGAGUACCUCGUCGACACCUGCGGCCUCACCCGGCCCCAGGCGCUCAAGGCCUCCCCGAAGCUCUCCCACCUCAACUCCCCCGCCAACCCCAACGCCGUCCUCGCCUUCCUCGCCGGCCUCGGCCUCUCCGGCGCCGAUGCCGCCGCCGUCGUCGCCAAAGAUCCGCUCUUCCUCUGCGCCGGCGUGGAGAGAACCUUGGUCCCCGUCGUCGAAGGCCUCACCGGCCUCGGCCUGUCGCGUUCCGAGAUUGGCGGCCUCGUCUCGCUUGUUCACCACUGCUUCCGCCGCAGAACCAUCGUCUCCAAGCUGAAAUACUACCUGCCCCUCUUUGGCUCAUUGGACAACUUACUCCGGAUGCUCAAGCGUGAAAACCACCUUCUGUCGGCCGACCUCGACAAGGUGGUCAAGCCCAAUGCCGUGUUCCUGAGGGACUGCGGGCUAGGUGAUUGUGAUAUUGCCAAGCUGUGUAUCCAUGGGCCGAGGAUGCUCGCAACCAACCCGGAGCGUGUUCGGGCCAUGGUGGCAUGCGCCGAAGGUAUAGGCGUGCCCCGUGGUUCUGGGAUGUUCAGGCAGGCACUGCAGGCUGUUGCAUUUCUCAGCGAGGAGAAGAUUGCCGCCAAAGUGGACUACUUGAAAAAUACCUUCAGGUGGUCUGAUGCCGAAGUGAGCAUUGCUUUGCGCAAGUAUCCGGUUGUGCUGAGGAAGUCAAAGGGAUCUCUGAAGCGCAGGUCCGAGUUCCUGAUCUCUAAGGUGGGGCUGGAACCCGUGUACAUUGCUCAUCGAUCAGAUAUACUUGCAUAUAGCAUGGAGGGCCGACUCAGACCCCGGUACUAUGUUAUCAAGUUUCUCAGGCAAAAUGGACUGCUAGAUCGUGACUUGAGCUUACAUACUGCGGUUAAGAUGACCGAGAAGGUUUUUGUGGAGAAGCUCAUAUGCCCUCACAAGGAAGCCGCACCACACCUUGCUGAAGACUAUGCAGCAGCUUGCAAAGGGGAAUUACCAACUAAUUUCAGAUUUACAUGAACAAAAAAAGGCUUUGGAAAUUGGUUACAGCCUAUGGCGCAACAAAGUUAUCACCCUCCAUGUAAACUGUUAGUACUCUCUGUUUCGGUGUUCUUUGCCUAGGUUGAUGUUGGUUGUUUACUGUAGUAUGCCUGUUACAUGCUAGUUAGUCAUUGCUAAAUGCUAACUCCUUAUGAAACUGAUAAUUUGAUUCUUGAACCCCCAUAUAUGUUGAUGUUGUCAUUUCUUAGAGAAGAUCUCUGUAAAUGAGAAGUCCAUGGACAUAUAUUUGAUUCUGACUUCCAUUGAAGAUCAUGCAAA